GCAACCGCAACAAGGAAUGGCCUCUGCUACAUUCUGGUCUGAGGAGGACUUCUCCUGUUCCAUCUGUCUGGAUGUGUUCAACAGCCCAGUUUUCACUCCAUGUGGACACAACUUCUGCAGAACCUGUAUAGCAGCGUGCUGGGAUGUCCGAGGUCAGUGCAGAUGCCCUUUUUGCAACGAGCUGUUCCACACAAGACCUGAUUUACGGGUGAAUACCUUGAUAUCGGAGAUGGUUGAUCGGUUCAGAAGUUCUUUACGAGGCGAAACGCAGCCUUGUGUUGAACCAGACCUUCGGAUCCCUGAAGGAUCCUCCAACCACCAGGGACAGGUCGACGGUGGAGGUCCGUCCUCCGUCAUACGUAGGGACCUUGUGGAGAGCCCUGGAACAGCUGAGAGGCGGAACACGGAGACGAAGAGGCUGGCUGAACUGAGAUCAGCUCCAAACGAGUAUACCUGUGAACUCACAAUGGACCCGAACACGACCCACAGAGACCUCUCUCUGUCUGAGGACAACAGGAAGGUGAUUGUGUUUGGAGAGGACCAGUCGUAUCCGGAUCACCCAGAGAGAUUUGACUCCCAUUACCAGGUGCUGUGUAGAGAGGCUCUGACUGGCCGCUGUUACUGGGAGGUAGAGAUCGAAGAAGUUGUUGUGAUCGGAGUGACAUACAGAGGAAUCGCAAGGAAAGGAAAGGGUGGUGACAGCGGGCUUGGAUGGAACAACAAGUCCUGGAUUCUUCGAUGGGAUAAAGAUGGUUAUACUGCCGUGUACAACGGUAUAGAGACAGUCCUCCCUCUCCCCCCCGCUGGCUCCACCAGAGUAGGAGUGUAUCUGGACCGGCCUGCUGGCUCUCUGUCCUUCUACAGAGUGUCCCCAGGUGGAGGAGGGUCCUCAGACACACUGACACACCUCCACACCUUCUGGUCCUCCUUCACCCAGGAGGACCUCCUCCCUGGGUUUGGGGUAUGGGAUUAUUAUAGCACAGUGUCUCUGUGACGGAUGUAGAAAGAGGAAAACACACUCACAUGGAUGGACGUGCUUGGGUGCAUUUUACACACGCGCACUCAUGCACACGCACACACACACACACAGAAUAUGCUCCUUCAGGGACUGAAGGAAGUGGCUUUUGCCUCCAUUCAUGCUAUUUUGUAAUGAUCUUUUGUUAUUAUGUUUUAUUUGAAGGGAUAAAUGCUAUUUUAUAUUUUGUUUGGUCCAUUAGAUGUCAUCUUAAAUGUAUUAUUUGUCCAUUCACGUUCAUCUGGCUCUGCUUUUUACAGCAAUAAAUCAUUUUGUCUGAAGUAACUCAGUUCUUGAGAAGUCUUUUCGCCAGAUCAUUUGAUCUGAUAACUACUAUUACUUAUAUUGAAGUUCAAAACUUUAAAUAAGUUCAUAACUUGUUCCAUAUUAAAGUCGACUGUUAUACAUAGGUUAUUGGCAGUGCUCAUUCUGUGUCAUUAU